CGGAAAUCCGUGUACGGUUUCACAGGUUUACGAGAGAUUAUGUAGUUGGAAACUUGGAAUGCAUGAGAAGUGUAAUCUGCUCACCAAAUAGCAACUUUUCUGUCCACCUAAUAUAAUUGCAAGCUCUGGUAAAUGAGUUGCAAAGUUGAGAUUUUUGUGUUAUUUUGAACAAUAUGAAUAUCAACAUUAUGUACUCGCAAACUAAUGCAUGCACCAACUAGUGAGGCAACAAAUCGGAGAAAAAGCCUCAUUUCAAUACUCCUUCCCUCCGGACAAUUAUUAGGCGUAUCCCAACUAGACUUGUUAAACGGGUCGGUCGGGUUGGAUUUUAAUAAAUAUUUUGGUUCGGGAUUGAUUUGGGUUGGUCACAAUGCUUAUUCAUAACCCAGAGUCUGGUAUGAGUUGACUCAACGACUUGAGAGAUUUUAAACUAUUUAAUUUACAAUUCACAAUCAGUCGGGUCGAAAGCUGGUCCAGUCGUGUUUUAACCCAAAAGUUCUUUCAAAAGUACAUACGCGCCCAAUUUUAUAUCUUAAGCAUCCAUUGAAAAUGGUACAAUCGGUUCUUGACAAACUAUUCUAACCACUUUUUAUUUUUAUUUUUACUUUUUUUUUAUAAGGAGAAGAAACUAGGUUACCCUCUUACAUAAGUGUAACCUAAAGCAUCCUUACGGAUGAUGAGAGAGGGUGUUAUCCCACAAAGAGAACCAAUACUUCAUGAUUUGCAGAUUAGUCCCUUUAGCUGCCAGCCCGCCGCUUGGUUAGCUUCCCUAAAACAGUGAUUGACCGAGAAAGAGCCGAACUAACUACUUUUUAUGUCCCAAUUCAAACAUCAUGUUUUGUUUAAGUUGUUUUUCUGUUCUCCCCGUGACAUCAACCAUUUGUUCACUCUCAAAUUUAACACUUUCUCUUCUAAUUUACCCUUCUUUAUCGGCUUCUUUUUUCUUUUUUCUUUUUUUUAAAAUGCGCUUUUCUAAUCUUUGUACAAAAAGUGAACUUGAAGACUAUUACGGGGUGUUUCCUCAAAAAAAAAAAAGACUAUUGGGUGGAGGAUUAAAGGGAGUAUAUCACCAUAUCCCUAGUAACUACUAACUAGUAAGGACCAUCAAAACAAUGGGUUGGGAUUAUAUAUCCGAUUUCAUGUUUCAUCUGGUGUCCCAUCUCUAUUGAUCGAUAAGUAAUUAUCAUGGAUAUUUUGAGUUAUUAACAAGCAAUGUUCCUUGUCUAGAGUAAGUGGCAAUAGAAUAUGUACUGUAAUGUAACUUGAUUGUGACAUGAGUGUUUGUAAAACCCUGUAUCUAACUUUAUUAGCUCGUUUAUGACACACUCAAAUAAUGCACCGGUACUUUGUUGACAUAGUCAAGCUUAUAUGCUUAUAAAUUUUAGCGAUUCCUACGAUUAUUUGUCAGUAAGAAAUUGAAAUAACCCAAAAUAAUGGCUUGUGGCAAACUCUUGUUUUUUUUCCAGCUUAUUCUUUUUGGUCUUUCUUUAACUGUUAAUGGUCAGCUUUCACCAAAUUUUUAUUCAUCUACUUGUCCAAAUGCCCUUCGUAUUGUUAAGCAAGGGAUUGCGAAAGCUAUAAAGAAGGAGGCUCGAGUCGGAGCAUCCAUACUCCGGUUGCACUUCCAUGAUUGCUUCGUCAAUGGUUGUGACGGAUCAAUUCUUUUGGAUGAUACAUCAACUUUCAGAGGUGAGAAAACAGCUAUUCCAAAUAAAAACUCUGUUCGUGGGUUUAAAGCUGUGGAUAGCAUCAAGGCCAGUUUAGAGAAGGCCUGUCCCGGAGUUGUUUCUUGUGCUGAUAUUCUUGCUAUUGCUUCUCGUGAUGCGGUUGUUCAGUAUGGUGGACCAACAUGGCAAGUGAGAUUGGGAAGAAGAGAUUCUCUCACAGCAAACAGAAGUGCAGCAAAUGCCUUCAUUCCUGCACCUUCUUUCAAUCUCAGAAAUCUCACUUCCAGUUUUACCACCGUCGGUUUAUCAUUUAAGGACAUGGUGGUCCUCUCUGGCGCACACACCGUAGGAUUUGCAAGGUGCACAAGUUUCCGACCGCACAUACACAACGACACCAAUAUCAAUGCGGCCUUCGCCAAAUCGCUGCAGAAAAAAUGUCCUCAAAGUGGAAAUGGCAAGGUUUUGCAGCCUCUGGACUACCAAACAAAGUUUCGUUUCGAUGACAAGUACUACCAGAAUUUACUCGUGAAGAAGGGGUUACUUCACUCAGACCAACAACUCUACAGUGGAAAUAAUAAUGCCGAUGCUUAUGUUAGAAAAUAUGCAAGUAAGCAAGGCGAGUUCUUUCAGGAGUUUGGGAAUAGCAUGAUUAGGAUGGGGAACAUCAAGCCACUUACUGGAACUCAUGGCCAAAUUAGGCGUAAUUGCCGUAAAUCCAAUUAGAAUAAACCCAUUUCAAUUUCUCUACCUAAGCGUACGUAGUUUAUGAUUUUGUGUAUAUUUGUGGAAUACACAUAUUUAUUAAUGUCUAAUACUACGUACGUGGUAGCUAGUAUAUAUUCAUGUUGUGACUAGGUGUUUAGCUCGUGAGUAGUAGGGUUUCCGCUUUUUCUUAUGAAAAAUGUUAUAAUUGAUCAAUGUGUAAUAAAUAUUUAUAAUAAUUGA